CCCAUAAAAGGAAAUGGGAUCUGUGAUUUGGUGUAUAUAAACUGUAUAUGUAAUGAGAAAUUGUAUUAUAAAAUAAUAGCUAAUACAAUUUCUUUAUAUGAAAAAAAUUCACUUUUUGACUAUGGUCUCUGUCUUCCAUUUGCAUAUAUAUAAACACCAAAUCAGAUCCCAUUUUCUUUAUAUCCAAUGAAGAAAAUGGGUUGUGGCCAAAUAUGGGUGUGUGUGUUAUUCCUUUGGCUGUUCCAAUUCUCUGACAACACCGUGGAAAGCUCCGCCGUAGAAGAGAAAGGGACGGUGUUUGUGUACGGAAGAGCUGCCGUAGGAACAGUAGACGAAGAUUUUAUCUGCGCCACUUUAGACUGGUGGCCGCCUCAGAAAUGUGACUACGGAACUUGUGCUUGGGACCAUGCUUCGAUUCUGAAUCUGGACCUGAACAACACUGUUUUUCAAAAUGCAAUCAAAGCAUUUGCUCCAUUGAAAAUAAGAAUAGGAGGAACAUUACAAGAUUUGGUCAUAUAUGAGACACCAGAUCAGAAGCAGCCUUGUCUUCCUUUCACCAAAAACUCUUCCCUUCUCUUUGGUUAUACACAAGGAUGUCUCUCUAUGAGCCGAUGGAACGAGCUCAAUACCUUCUUCCGCAAAACCGGAGCUAAAGUCAUCUUCGGACUGAAUGCGCUUUCGGGGAAGAACAUAAAAUCUAAUGGAGAAGCCGUAGGAGCCUGGGAUUACACAAAUGCUGAAUCAUUCAUCCAGUUUAUAGUACAGAACAACCACACCGUUGAUGGUUGGGAGCUUGGCAAUGAGUUAUGUGGAAAUGGCAUUGGUGCAAGAGUUGCAGCAAAUCAGUAUGCUAUGGACACCAUAGCUCUGCGAAACAUCGUGAACCGGGUUUACAAGAAUGUGAGUUCUAUGCCGCUGGUGAUAGGCCCCGGUGGCUUCUUUGAAGCUGUUUGGUUCACAGAAUACUUGAACAAAACAGCAGACUCUCUUGAUGCUACUACUCACCACAUCUACAAUCUCGGUCCAGGAGUCGACGAACAUCUGGUAGAAAAAAUUCUAGACCCUUCGUACCUGGGCCAAGUGGCAACAACGUUUCGCGACCUUAAGAACAUAAUCAAGAACUCAUCAACCAAGGCAGUGGCGUGGGUUGGUGAGUCUGGUGGUGCCUACAACAGCGGGCGGAAUCUUGUCUCUAAUGCUUUCGUGUAUAGUUUCUGGUACCUAGACCAGCUUGGAAUGACAUCGAUUUACGAUACAAAAACAUACUGCAGACAGUCUCUGAUCGGAGGAAACUAUGGGCUGCUAAACACUACUAAUUUCACACCAAAUCCAGACUAUUACAGUGCUCUGAUAUGGCGAAGACUUAUGGGAAGAAAGGCAUUGUUCACAAGCUUUUCCGGAACUAAAAAGAUACGUUCAUACACACAUUGUGCAAGACAAUCGAAAGGAAUCACAGUUUUACUGAUGAACCUUGACAACACUACAACAUUUAUGGCAAAAGUAGAGCUGAAUAACACUUUUAGUCUGAGACAUAAGAAGCAAAGAAAGUCGUCGUUUAAGAAGAGAGCAACAACUUCCCAGCUGCCUUGGGUUUCUAAUGGUGAAAACCAAAGAGAAGAGUACCAUUUGACAGCAAAGGAUGGAAAUUUACACAGUCAGACUAUGCUACUCAAUGGAAACGCACUACAGGUUAAUUCGACAGGUGACAUACCUCUUCUGGAGCCGAUACAUGUGAACUCUACAGAUCCGAUAACAAUAGCUCCAUACUCCAUUGUGUUUGUGCAUAUGCCAAGUGUUGGUGUACCUGCAUGUGCCUAGGAAGAUGCAUAUGGAACUUAAGACAGUUCCAUUCAAUUAUUUUAUUAGAAAAAAUUAGAAAAGUGUAGCUCUUUUCAGAAAUGUAAAGACCGAAUAAAAAGUACGUGAAACAAUUUUCACCUCUUACAUCCACCUAAACCAGAUCCGAUAGACCCAUUCUUUAAAAUACUCAAUUGAAUUUGAACUCCUG